AUGCCCUGCGAAAGGUAAUACGUAGUUUCAGUCGCUAGAAGCUUUUUGGAGAGCAGGCAAGCAGACUAGCAGGAUGUUUCAUUUGGUUUCCUAGUAUUGCUAUGAUUUUCUAUUACCCUCGUAUAAAAAAAAAUAUCAAUUUUGUUGGGUGUAUGUGGCCGUCAUUGCCUUUUCCAUGAGGAUGGAAGUCAUUUAAAGCAAAUCUUGUUUUUGGUUACUGUCAUAGUGGGAAUAAAUAUAAAUACUCACAGGAAAACAUAGCAGGAAUCUGAAUACAUUUUUACAACAUGAUACUCUAUUUGUAUGUUGAUCAGAUCUACAUCUCUCCAACAGAUUACAGUGCAAAAUGAAAUUAUUGCAUUUUAUAUGGAAAAUUGUACACUGCUUUCUUCCCGCCCCCCACUUUAUGAAGGCCGUCCAUCUAUGGAGUAAUACAGAUUUGAAUGUACAGGUGAAUGUACAGGUGAGAGUGUGAUGUUAAUGGUUGUAUUUCUAAUGUGUUUUCUAGGUUAUUUGGGAACAGUGGGGCAUGCAGUGCUUGCGGCCAGUCCAUUCCAGCCAGUGAACUGGUCAUGAGGGCACAGGGAAAUGUGUACCAUCUCAAGGUGAGCCCUCUCUCUGACCUCUGACCUCUGGCCUCCUUUAACACCUAACAUGGGUCGUGUUCUUUAGGGCAUGCAAAACAUUUUUUUAUAGCAUUAUAUGCAACGGGAAAACAAAAAAAUAUAUAUAAUUUCUUAUUGGAGAAAUCCACGUGGUGUCUUUGGUGUCUAAUGAACCCUGACCUCAAAUAAACCUAUUAGAAAUCCACAGCAGUAAAAGGUACCCACUAUCAGCAAUAGCACUUUAAGGCUAUAAACCUACUUCUAGUCACUUGGUAAUAGGUAACUUUAGGGAUUAUUUAUAAGUUAAUAAUUUGUGUAAGCGUACGUAGGUUACCUGGUUUAAGAGAGUGUUUAGAAGCUGUUUAGCACAUGGCCUUUAUCUGAGAGUUAAGUUAUUAAGACACCCUUUAUGAAUUCAUCAUCAUAAGUAAUCAUAAUAUCAUAAUAUCAUGAGUUAUUUAUAGAUAAAAAGUGGAAUGAGCUUUACCAUAAUUACUUUCACUUGUACAUUAGGUUAAAGUGCGUGUGUGUGUGUGUGUGUGUGUGUGUGUGUGUGUGUGUGUUUGUGUGUGUGUGAACGUGUCUGUGUGUAUUAAUAUGUGCUUAGUUGGUCAUGUUUGUAUGCAUUGAUGUGGGCAUGUGCAGGCUUGACCGUAUUGCUUGACGGGUCGUAGGGAUUGAGUGGAGGUAUGCAGUUUUGCAAGGGGCAAUGUGAUGGAUUCUCUCUCUCUCUCGCUCUCUCUCUCUCUCUCUCGUUAUAUCCCCAGUGUUUUCACGUUCUCUCUCUCUCUCUCUCUCUCUCUCUCUCUCUCUCUCUCUCUCUCUCUCUCUCUCUCUCUCUCUCUCUCUCUCUCUCUCUCUCUCUCUCUCUCUCUCUCUCUCUCUCUCUCUCUCCCCCACACUGUUUAACAUUCUCUCUCUCUUUUUCUCUCCCCCCCCACAGUUUCUCCCCCCCACACACACACAGUAUAUUCAUGUUCUCUCUCUCUCUCUGUUCCCCCAUAGUGUUUCACGUGUUCUACCUGCCGGAACCGGCUGGUCCCAGGGGACAGGUUCCACUACAUCAACGGCAGUCUGUUCUGUGAACACGACAGACCCACAGCACUCAUCAAUGGACAUUUGAGUUCACUGCAGACAAACCCACUACUGCCCGACCAGAAGGUAUGUACACACUAUCGCUCUGGAAACCUACAUACCUAA